AUGUCGACUCCCAUCCCGCGUGGCCGCCGGUCACAGGGCAACUCGGGAGCUGGGACAAAUACUCCGUCUGGCGAGACCACUUUAACCGGGCUUCAGCGCCUCCCGAGUCAUACGCGCUACCCGCUAACCCCGAGUCGGCUCGUCACAGCAGUCACACCAUCUGCUCAGAGAUCAGCUCCUCGAUACACCCCACGGUUCAGAGCUUCGGUGGCACCAUCGACUCCAUAUGGACUUCGCGCCCGGCAGCAACGAGCCGCGAAUACCCCUGGUCGUGAUCGCCGACGGAGCGGACGAGUCCAGCGCGAGACUGUAUUUGAUAUCCUGAGAAACCUUGCGCUUGCCCCCGUGUCCCAGCCAAUUCAAUCAUCGCCUCAAGAGGAAGUGAAGCCCGAGGAAGAGCCAAUAGAUGAGAUCGAAGAGCUAGACAAUGAGCCUGAAAUGGAGCGACCACGGCUUUCUCUCCCUCUGCAGGAAAUAGAAGAGGGCAGCGACGAUGCUAGUCCAGGAAUGUCCCCACCUCAGCUGUCCAUCCCAUUUGACGACGACGAUAUUACCUACCGAUCUGUCGAGUAUCCUCGCAGGGAUCUGGCCGAUCGAGAUCGAGAUAUAUUGUCAAUGAUGGGUCCCCGUGGUAUAAGAAUGAGCGAGAACUUUGGUGGAACCCAACUGGAAAGUGAUUCUGACGCCGCAGAAGAAACGGGCAUUGUGGGUGACGAUGGCUUCGCCGAUGAUACGAUGAUCAGUGGAGGUGAUUUUGAUCGUGGUGGAGAGACAGAGGACCUGAACCGGUUCGAUUUCAGGAUGGACUUCCCAUCUCCAAAUGCAAUGCCGGUAGAUGAUGAGCCAAUGGAAGAACCUAUUGGCGACAUGGACGGAUUCCAGUUGUCUGCAGGAGAUAUCCAGCCAGUUCCUGCUACGCCGCCUUCCGAUGAUGACAAUGACGCAGGCGGCAGCUUUGGGUUCGGGCUUGGCUUCCCACCAGCAGUAUCUCCCAGUCAAAGCCCCGGAAUUGUUGGGGGUGGCCUGCGGGAUGAAGGUCUUCCACUGCAGGGAAAACAGAAGAGGCUUUCCCGGCAUGGGAUUCCCGUCCCAAAUUUGCCUGCAGGUGUGGUCAAGAAGCUGGCCACCCAGUUUGCGCGCACGAGAGCCGGGUCAAAGACGAAAAUCAACAAAGCCACGCUAACCGCCAUCGAGCAAGCAUCCUCGUGGUACUUUGAACAAGUGAGCCAGGAUUUGGCUGCGUAUUCCAAGCAUGCUGGGCGGAAGACUAUUGACGAAAGUGAUGUGACAACAUUGAUGAAAAGACAACGCCAUGUCAACAGCUCGACAACGGUAUUCUCCCUGGCUCAGAAGUAUUUGCCCAAGGAGCUGCAGCAGGAUAUGAGAUUGGCUAUGCCACCAUGA